AUGGAGAAAGAGUCCGCCCCAGCCGACGACCCCAUGAAUAUUGCUGGACUCGAGAAAAAGGGCCGACAAGGCGACAAGGUCGUUGUACACGCCUUGCCAAACUUCAUCCACCUCGUUUCCUUGACCUUCCUUGCCCUGGUCUUGAUUGCCCAACUCUUCCUCACUGACGCAAAGUUCCAAUAUUCGCGUCUCUUUUCUACACAUCCAUUUCUUACGCGGCUUCCUUUCACUUCUCCUGCUGCUACCAUCUACGAGCCCAUCUGCGAAAGCCCACAACCAUUCCCAACUGCUCCUCCUGUUUCAAAAGUUCGCACCAUGGCUCUUCUUGAGGAGACGAAGCGCAUCACUGCGCAGUUCGACUACUCCGACGACAAUGUCAAUAAGGGCGUCGAGGAAUUUCUGCGCCAGAUGAACGAGGGCUUGGAAAAGGACGGAACCAGUCUCAGCCAGAUCCCUACUUAUGUGACCGGCGUACCCAAUGGUACCGAAAAGGGUCUGUACCUUGCCGUCGACCUAGGUGGCACGAAUUUCCGUGUCUGCUCUAUUCACCUCAACGGCGACACAACUUUCAACCUCACCUACAGCAAAGUCGCCAUUCCCAAAGAGCUCAUGCUCGCCAAGAAGUCGGAAGAUCUUUUUGGUUUCUUGGCCAAGCAGAUUGAGCUUUUCCUCAAGGAGCACCACAAGGAUCACUUCUAUGCCUCCAUCCGCCGACGAAACACCGUAAGCAGCCCCGAUGGCUACAAGGACGAGGAGAUCUACCGACUGGGUUUCACCUUCAGUUUCCCUGUUCAACAAUUCGGUAUCAACAAGGGCAACCUCAUCCGGUGGACCAAGGGCUUUGACAUCCCCGACACCGUGGGCAAGGAUGUUUGCGCACUUCUUCAGGAUGAGAUUGACAAGCUGCACCUUCCCGUCAAGGUUGCCGCCCUUGUAAAUGACACCGUCGGCACAUUGAUGGCCCGCUCCUACACAUCGCCUGGCAAGACCAGCACUCUUUUGGGUGCCAUCUUUGGUACCGGCACCAACGGAGCCUACGUUGAGAAGACGAGCAACAUCAAGAAGUCGGUCGAGGGCGAGUUUGACAAGUCAACUGGCAACAUGGUCGUCAACACCGAGUGGGGCUCCUUCGACAACCAACUCAAUGUUCUCCCCAACACGUCUUACGAUAUCGAGCUGGACCAGAAGAGUGUCAACCCAGGAAUCCAAAUGUUUGAGAAGCGAGUGUCAGGAAUGUUCCUCGGCGAAAUCGUGCGUCUGGUCAUUGUUGACAUGCUCAAGAAUCCCAAGAUUUCGCUGUUCCGCGACGACAACUCUAGCUCUAAUGACUGGAAGUCGACCACAUUCAUCGACGGGCAAUCGAGUCUCCUGACCCAAUGGGGACUGGACAGCUCGCUCUUGUCGAUCGCCGCUGCCGACAACACGCCAGAGCUUUCGACCCUGCGACAAGAACUUGACAAGGCCCCAUUGAACAUUUACUCGGCUUCCCUCGAGGAUGCACAAGCAUUCAAGAGUGUCGCAUACGCGGUUGGACGUCGUGCUGCUAGACUCUCAGCUGUUGCCAUUGGUGCAAUUGUCCUCCAAAGUCGUCAGCUCGAGGAUGGCACUGAUGAGGCUAUCGACAUUGGUGUCGAUGGUUCCCUCGUUGAGCACUACCCCUACUUCAGGGAUAUGAUCUACGAGGCACUCCGCGCCAUCAAGGGCAUUGGUCCUGAAGGCGCCAAGAGAAUUCGCAUUGGUAUUGCUAAGGACGGCAGUGGUGUUGGAGCUGCUUUGAUUGCUCUCGUGGCAGCUGGUAUGGAGAACAAGGGUGUCACUGGCACCGUUAGCCACUUGGUCAACGAUGCCAAGGAUAAGAUUUCCAACGCCGUCCCGACAAAGGGCAGCUCAGCAACGGUGAUCUAG